UGCUCUGUCUCGUCUUCUAAGAUAAUAAGACCACGAGCUUAUUUGGAGCCAGCAACAAAUUCCUUGAAAUUGCAAGUAGAUUUGUUAACCAAUCAUUAAAGACUACGACUACUAAUGUUAAAGACAACCUAACUUCGAUGAUUUCAUAGUGACUUCCCGUUUUAAAAACACUGACAGGGUUCAAGCAUAUCCUGCCAAUAAUUGGAACUCUUGUUCUAUCCAACCACCAGGAAUCCCCUCUAAACAUCAAAAACCAGAGGUCCAUUUGUUCUUGAGAUUGAUGUUGAUGGCUAACCUUGUUCAAGAUGUUGUCCUCCAUAUCCUCUUACGACUACCUGUAAAAUCUCUUUGUCGAUUCAAGGUCGUAUGCAAAUCCUGGUGGUUACUUAUUUCUGACCCGCAUUUUAUUAGUAUGCACCUUAGUCUAGCAACUAAAAACAAUUGUAUUAACUGCCAUAGAUGGAGACUUUGUCUCACAUCUUUCUCUCUUCCGUCUGUUUACUCAGUAGGGUAUGAAGCAUCUGAUAGAGCAAUAGCAAUAAAGCUUGGUUAUCCUCUGAAAAGUGAUUGUUAUGAUGAGGUCAAAUUCAUUGGUUCCUGUAAUGGUUUAUUAUGUGUUGCUUCUGAACCAGGAGUCUUAUUGUUGCUCAACCCUUCUACCAGAGCAGCUCAGGAAAUACCAAGACUAGGCAACCGUCGCCCCUUUACCCAAUCAUCACUGCCCUACAUGUAUGGAUUUGGCUACGCCCACUCCAUAAAUGAUUAUAAGCUAGUAAAAAUCUCUUGUAGAGGCUGUGUCUUUGUCUAUUCAGUGAAAGAAAAUAGCUGGAGGAGCGUUGGAGGCUUUCCUUAUAGUAUCCUUGCACUUGAUCCAGGGAUUCAGCUCAAUGGAGCUAUCCAUUGGGUAGUAAGUCGCAGUAAGGAUUCAACGAAGUCGCAAAUAAUUGGUGCUUUUGAUUUGGUGGAGGAGAAGUUCUGGGAUGUGCCUCCACCUGUUUCUGUCCACAAUUUUUAUGGGAUAGGAGUUUUUGGAGAAUGUCUAUGUAUACUGCCUGGCAGUGAUGUAACUUCCCACAAUGACUUUUGGGUUAUGAAGAGAUACGGCAUCAGAGAUUCCUGGACUAAAGUUGUGAUUAACAUUUCAUAUUUUAGAAUGAAACCAUUGGGUGUUUUUGACAAUCAUAAAGCUCUGCUAGAGAUUGAUGGAAAGUUAGUUCUGUACAGUUUUAGAGAAGGAACUUAUCAGGAUCUUGUUAUUCAAGGAAUUCCAGUUGGAAUUGAGUUUGACGUAGAGACAUACGCAGAGAGCCUUGUUUCACCGCAUCUAAGAUUGGAAUUUAGAGCAGAUAACUGGUGCAGAUGAAAUUCUCAUGAAUGGUUAAAGGAAGCAAAUGUAUUUGGUCAAUCUUCUUCAGCUCUAUUUCUAGUUUCUUGUAUUUCAAGACUUUUUUGUUCCGUUGCUGUUUCCCAGACAGGUAUUUAGAAAAUAAGGUAUAGAGAGUUGAAAAUUGUUCAGGUUUUUAUUUCCAGUUACAAUUCUUUGGUCUAAGUAAGUCUCUUUGCUUUCAUGUUUCUUGAC